AUUUUGCUUAUAAAUCAAAAAUGAAUAGAUUAUUGUAUGAUAGCCAAAGUAGUAAAUAAGCUAAUUAACACAUUUAAUAAAUGAUAAAUUACUAAAUUGCUUUAUUAACAUACUAGGAGUAUGAGUGAGAUUAAUUUAGUCAGAUACACAUCUUUUAAAUGAUCUAAUAAAAUGAAAAAAAAUUGUAGAAGUUAUAUUUCUUGAGGCGAAUUGCGUUAUGGAGUAUUAAGGGUACCUCAUUUAUUAGCCUUUUACAUUUUAUAAUCAAUUUAAGUACUUCUAAAUAUCAAUUUUUAUUAUAAAUAAAUCAGACAUCAAAAUUAAUGAUAUUAGAUCAAAAUACAAUCUGAAUAGCCUUAGAAGGAGAUUUAAUGGUAUGAUUGGCUACAAUUUAAGUCUUUUUAUCAAUAGAAUCUCAAAUUGUCUAUGCAGAUUUUUUUUAAGUUAGUCUACACUAAUCUCAUAAUGCUGUUUAAUAAUAUAAAGUUUUUAAUUAAAGAAAAUGUUGUUGAAUUUGAUUAAAAUAUUGAAGGAAUUUAUAUACUUGAAAAAUUCGGCUAGAUACUUUGUCAAAACGAAAGGAACUUUAGUUUUCGAUUUUAAUGAGAAUUUUGGAAUAUUAGAUGGAGCAUUCAUUGUAUCAAUAUAUUAAAUGUUGAAAUGAUUAAAUAAAAAGCCCAUGGAAAAUUCAAAGAGCAAACAAUAAUUGGAAAAUCAUUAUAAAUAUCAGAAAUUUAGGAGGUUAGUACUAAAGUAAACCGAAAUAUCAAGAUUUAGGAGUCUUCUUUAGUGUAACAAAAUCAAUCAGAAAAGUGCUGCAUGCUUUAAGAAAAUCGGAUGAAUUCUGAAUUUCCAGAAUCUCUGAUUAAAAUUGUUAAUUCAUGCCCUUAAAGGGAGAAGCCAUUUAAUUUGACUAUUCAUUUUAGUUCAUGUAAAUUUUU